CUUACAGAUGCUCUCCAAUUACCUCUAUUCGUUAUCUGCUGCCUCUUUUCCUUCCAUCUCUUUUUUUCUCAUCCCGUCAUCCUGAACCUGAUCCCACCAUCCUCAUCACUGCCUUCCUCCCACCUCUCUUCCCCGCCAUACCUUACUAUUAUUGCAAGGUAUUCGUCCGUUCAUUACUCCUUCCAGGCAGGCGUAUGACUCGGGUUUUUCUUCUUCCAACAUCCUCCGUCUAAUGCCCAGCAAGCACCGUUACCAAUAGCUUGCAUCGAAUCUCCAAGACAUCCCUCCACCACUACCACCACCACCGCCAACCAACACCACUCCCAACGCUCGCGCCUGCACACACGCAUCUGACGUCGACGCAAACUGACGCUGAUACACCAUCGCAUCCGAGCCAGGACAGACGAACUAUGACUGCGCCUCUGUCUGCAAGGAGGUGAAUGCGUCUCGCUCAAGAGGCUGAAGACUGACACCGUCAACGUCGUCUAGUCUCCUGUGCCAACACUACCAGUACCUAGUUUUCGGGGACUAUAUUGGACUUGGAGGACUGGAGUCGCGAGCUCGAUCCAGCUUCCCUUCGCUCGUUAUCCGCCAACCUGACUCCGUAAUUGCUUCCUCCUCUGCGACCACCCGCCACCCCUGCGCCGGUGGUUCGGAUCGCCAUUCGCGCCUGAAUCACCCAUCCAUCCAGUAGCUAGUCCGUCCCGAAACCACGACGAUGUUUUCCCAUUUACGAAUCCACCGGAGGGGACAGUCGAAUCCCACUUCGCCAAACCCCGAACAGCCCUCGGCUGCUGCUCCCUGGGAUCCCUCGCUUCCACAACAGCACUCUCCCUUCAUUCAAGAUGCCGCCUUAAGCCCAGACAUGCGACCCCAGGCUUCGACAACGAAUUCCUCACUGCCUCCCACCCUGCCGCCGAUUCCCCGCGUCACCUCAUCCAGCUCCGAAUCGCCGUCCCCGCUCGAGCGACCGACUGUCGAUACCAAGAUCAGGGUGACGCCAGAGCCCAACACGCAGAAACCCCAGCCGCCCGUACCUCCACCGGUGCGCUCGCCAUACAACGCAGACUCUGGCUUCCUCGGUGGCGUCGCUUUGCGCAAAUACCAACGCGAGCAGCAGGAGCAACAACAACAGCUCAAGAAGCAACAAAUGGCGGCGAAAUCACCGGAUCUGGUCGCGUCUCCGGUUCUUCAAGGCAGCCACGAAAGUCAAUUCACAAGGUCGAAGCCCGCACCCCCGCCGAUAAACACCGCCCCUCCGACGAGACCCCCACCGCAACCCACGAGUGCCUCAAAACAUGCCGGCUCCUUUGCGACCCCGACCGAGCUGCAUCACCAGGGCAAUACACAGAGCUCGCCCCAAGCUCAAGCCUAUCCUGCCACCGGACGUCGCCCUGCAGGAACGAGGUUGUCGAGCGAGCCAAUCCGCAUGGCAAACCAUGGUUCCGAUGCCCCGAAGGGUAGGAAAGGUCUUCCUUUUCUGAAAAACCCAAUGUCAACACUACUUGCACGGAGGAAAACAAGCCAAAAUGCACCAGACUUGACGCCUCUCCCGCUGGGAGGAAACCCGUCAUACGACCCUCGAAUUCGCGGGACAAGAGUUCACGACUUUAGCGCUCCACGACCUCGACGAAGCCUCCCCAAUAAUGAGGGUCCCAGCCCUGCCGCGGCGCCAACCCCUGGGACGAAAGCACAACCGCCGAUACCUGAGGAGAUGUCAGACCUGGGCCAGACAUCGUCCAGAGAGAGCGCAGCACCCUCACAAGCGUUUCAACAUGGAAGGAAUACAAGCAGUGCUUCUGAAUCUGGCCGUUCGGGCUCCGUCAGCGUCAUAUCACAGCCUGCUGUUGAAUCAGGGAGCGGGUCGGUGAAGACAAGAAGCAGCUUGAACUUGGAGUCAAAACCCCUGCCCGACGUGCCGCCCAAAGACGAUACCGCACCAUCGUCGAGCUCGGCCUCAUUCGUUUCCAAGAAGCCCUCGAUUAGUGCGUCGUCGAUCUUAUCCAAGAAAACACCGUCCACAAGAGCAAACCCUUCAAGACAUGCCUCUGUGUCUGGGCAGGAUGUUCUUUCUUCUGUGCCCCGACGGUUGAAGAGUACAUCCUCCAGAUUCAGCUUCGACAUGGUCGGCGCGGCAAAGCAGGAGAAGCUGCUCGAAGAACGACAUCGUCAACGCGAACUCGAGAGGAAGACGUCCGACCCUGAGCCCAACGGACCUCGUGAUUCUAGGUUCGACGACUUUGACGAGGACUUUGAUUACGAUGCGAUGAUGGAGGACGACGGGUUCGAAGAGCCGAUUCCGAUGAGCAAUGACUUUGGAGACGACUACGGAUACGAGGAGGACUUUGACGCUGGCGGCACAGAUCCUUUGGGUCUUGACGACGGUGAAGACUUCGAUGCGGCUGGAACCGACCCCUUUGCUCUUGAUCCGGUGCCAGAAGUUGAGAUCGAAUUCGACGAGGAUGCUGCAAACGACCCAGACAACGAUCAAGAGAACUUUGCUGGCUUUGUGUUCCAACGAUCAGGCCCUCCCUCGGCCUUGACCAGUCCACAAAGCGCCGGUCUGCUGGCGACGCCGAGAGAUGCAGACGGCAAGGUGAUUGGAUUCGCCAUCUCGAGAGAUACGCCAGAUCUGAACCAGCUGCUGAGUCCCGGCUUUGCUCCCGAUCAGAACUUGUCACCUACUACGACUGAUUCUGCUGCCGAACUUCCGAUCGACCGCUUGAAUAUUACCGAUACGGAACUACGAGAUGAGGACGAAACGUUGCGCGAGCCAACCAAGUCUUUGUCGCCCGCUCCACUAUCAGUCCCCAAGAAGGACGAUCUCUAUUUUGACAACGGCCUUCUCGAUGAGUUGGAAUUUGCUGGCGAGGGGGAUGGCUCUUACUUUGACGAGUCCAUCUUUGAUCUGGACGAUACAGACAAGUAUGGCCGUCCUAUUCCGGGCGCCUUUGCCAGAGCUCAAGCUGCCAGAGCUGCGAUGACUGCUGGCGCCACCCAGCCUGAGAACAACGUGCAAGAAACCGAAGCCAAGGUGGACGACCGUCAGGAUGCCAGCGUCCCAGAAGGCAACGCCUCUGAGAAUGUCAAGAGAAUCUCCGACAGCACGUCACGUCUGUCUGCGCACUCGAAUGUAUCGCAAUCGACGGCCCAUACUUCCCUCAGCGUCGGUAUGCCGGCUCCUUCUGUCGAUGAGUCAAAACGAGGCAGCGACGUCCUAGCUCCAGGCCAGGAAUCCUCCGCAAUGACCUCCAGCUUCUCAGCGACGGGCCAGGACAAGGUGGAUGCUUAUCAGACUGCUCUGGCGGCAGCAGCGUUCGAAGCCGCCGCCAACGGUCGAUUUCGGCGAGACUCGUCUCCCCCUCCGAGCGAGCUGAUGUCGCCCAGUGGAGAGUCCUUAGAUGACCUUCCACAGCAUGAGAAUAUGGACGACUACGAUGAUUACGACGACACUGGGUUUCGCGAAGACCUGAAUGAUUACGAUGUCGACUAUGACGACUUCAUUGCGGAGGCGAAUGCUAGUGCCCUUGCCAACGACUCUGACGGUUGGUAUGGUCAGGAGUUUGGUUUCUACUCUGCUCCUGUCGAAGGAGGUGGGCGCCACAGUAGGGACAGCUCCAACGGAUCGGAUGAGAAGCCUUUCGAAUAUGCUAACGGCGGCUUCUUUGGGCCGUCGGGCGUAUCCCGAAGCAAGUCCGGGAGAAUAGUAUCUCGAGAGCCCAACCUUACGCCCAUCACGGAGAGAUCCGAGUACUCGAAUCGUAAUUCGAUCAUGAGUCUCGCGGUCCCGCCUGGCAUCGGUUCCGGUCCGUCAAGUCUUCAGAGCCCCGGCCUGGCCCAACUUGCCAUGAUGGCUGAUGGUGACGACAAUAUGAGCCUAUCAGCGCUGAUGCGGCUUCGUUCAAGGGCUUGGGGUGGAUCACAGGCCAGUCUGGUCUCGAGUCGUGAGGGUUCGCCAAGAUCGGAGAGGGGCGAAGGGGGGAGCUCACCUUGGGGUCCGGGGCCUCACAACAUGCUGGGCAUACAUGGCCAUGGCCGUAAGAACUCGGCAUUCUCUGUUCGCAGCCGUGACAUGGACUCUUCGGAUGCAGGCAGCACUUCGGGCUCCCCUACUCUCACCAUGUCCAUGCCCACUCUAGGGUCACCGCCUCCGCCUCUGCCACCACUGACACAAAGUCCUGCGGUGGUCAUGAACUCCCCCCACUUCACGCACAGCGCGGCAUUCGACCCCGUUCCAGAGUCUGACGAGAUGGAUGAGCUAUCAAUUUCCAACACCAUUUCCCACUCGGGCUUGUGGAUGAAGAGCCCGGAUACGGCUAUGCAUCCGAACCUCGUGCCCCGGAUCGACCCGACGCCCCAACCUCAGCGGAGGCCCGGCAUGGGUCACAAACACAAGGGGUCUGCGGACAGUAUAUCAUAUAUCAAGGAGGAGGAGAGCGGCGAGACCAGAUGGGUUCUCGAGCGACGGUUUACCGCCGACAGCGGUGAGAUUGAAGUGCAGCGGGAAUUUGUCGGCAAUGGCCAGAUUUAGGAUACGCGGCCUCCGGAAUUGCACAGCCAUGAUCAAGGUGGGAGAGGCGAUGCUCCAAACGCCGGGCUGACUGCAACCGACAUUAUCGAAUGAUACCAUCCAACAGCGACGGCGUAAUUGUUUUGAACACACGAUACCUCAAGUAGAGUAUGAAAAUGGGGACUUAAUGAUGGCAUACCCUGUAUAGAGUAACCGGCCCGAGCCACAGGCAUUUAUGGAUGCAGUGUAGAGCUAUGGCACAAGGCUGAUGCCGGCAGUCAAGUUGGAAAUAAGAUGACCAAG